GCAUGUUGACAUUCCAUCAUCCAGAGAGCACAUUUGAACAGAGGUCAGGAAUUGUUUAUAGUUGAAUUAUCGCCGAUUGUAAAGCAAAAAAAAAAAUCACGUAAAAAUGGGUAAAAAGGAUAAAAAUAAGAAGAAAGGAAAGGGAGCCGAAAAGACUACCAUGAAAACGGACAAAAAAUUGGUGGCCAAACAGAAAAAGUUACUGGAGAAAAUUGGAGAGGAUGACAUUGUGAACAUUGUCGCAACUCUUGAAGCAAACGAACAAAGAAGAACAACUGUUACGGAAACUGUAGUUCCACCCCCAUCGCCAAGGAGUAAUUUCUCGUUCUGUGCACAUCCAGAUAAAGAAGAGCUCAUUUUGUUUGGCGGAGAACAUUUUGACGGACAAAAAUUGGCCGUUUACAAUGAAUUGUAUUUCUAUAACAUUCCGAAGAAUGAAUGGAAACUGGUGAUGGCACCGGCAGGACCAGGACCACGGUCAGCACAUCAAAUGGUCUCGGUUGCUUCAGAUGGUGGACAAUUAUGGCUUUUUGGUGGUGAACACUCGACACCAUCUCAAAUGCAAUUCUAUCACUACAGAGACUUAUGGGUAUUCCGGAUUGCAUCACGCAAAUGGGAGAAAGUCGUCACACAAACUGGUCCGUCACCACGAAGUGGCCAUCGAAUGAUCGCACACAAAAAGAAACUGUUUGUGUUUGGUGGCUUUUAUGAUACGGGCAUCUCGUAUAAAUAUUACAAUGACGUUUGGAUUUUCUCAUUGGAAUCGUAUCAAUGGCAAUGCAUUAAUGCAAAAGGAUCCAUUGUUCCAGCUCCACGUAGCGCUGGCUGCAUGGCGGCGACGCCAGAUGGCAAAAUAUUGGUUUGGGGUGGCUAUAGUAAGACUUCGGUCAAAAAAGAAAUUGAAAGAGGAGUCACACAUGCUGACAUGUUCGCUCUAACGCCUGAGAAAAACGACGCAACUGGCUUGCAAUGGAAAUGGUCAAGUGUUAAGCCCGGUGGCCAUCGACCAGCUCCACGAAGUGGUGUGAACGUAACAGUCGCUCCAAACGGUAAAGGCUAUAUCUUUGGUGGCGUUCUUGAUGUAAAUGAAGAUGAAGAAAACCUCGACGGUUCGUACAGCAACGAAAUGCACUUGUUAGAACUAGCCAAUCCGACCUGGCGCUUGAUUGAGCUUAAAGGGAAGAAGGAUAAAUCGAAAUCCAAAGAUGAAGACGCAGAAGAUAUGGACAUUGAUGCCGAUGCACAAACUUCAACUCAAGUCUCUUCUGAUGGCAUCUUUACAAUAACCGUUGGUGGCAGUUCAUCGAAUCCAAAAGUGAAAUCUAAACCAAAGUCCGAAACAUAUAACGUACCAUCCCCACGCAUGAAGCCAGGCUUGGCUAUUUGCAAAGGAACACUGUACCUGUAUGGUGGAGAGUACGAGAAUGGAUCUAAACAAUACACGCUCAACGAUUUCUAUUCAUUGGAUUUGCACAAGUUAGACGAAUGGAAAACGAUAAUCAAGCAAGAUUUAGCAGCAUGUGAGUGGAUGGAGUCGGAAAGUGAGGAAAGUGGAUCAGACAGCGACAGUGAUGACGAUGAUGAUGACGACGACGAUAAUGAUUCUGACGAUGAAUCAGAUGACUCGAGUGGAAUUGAUACUGAUUAAUCAAACAUAUUCAAAAUAAAAUAAAAUAAAAACAAAUUAAAUAAAAAUAAAAAUAAAAAUAUCAAUACAAAUCCAUACAAACGUA